AAAAAAACUUCCUCUAGACAAAAAAACCCUAGAAUGUCUAACAGCCAGUUCGAUGGAAACGUUGAUUUCUCUGGUGGUGGAUUUAUGCCUCAGGCAACUCAAACCACCGAGCAUGGUGGUGCUUCUUCAGACAAAAAUCGAGUGGGUGCAGGUUUAUUACCAUUAACAGUUAAGCAGAUAAGUGAUUCUUAUAAUGCUAGUGAAGAUAAAGCUAAUUUCGUCGUUGAUGGUGUUGAAGUAAACAAUAUUACACUUGUUGGAAUGGUGUUUAAUAAAGCGGAAAUGGUUACCGAGGUUACUUUUACUGUCGAUGAUGGAACUGGUCGAAUUAAUUGUCACAGAUGGGUUCAUGAGGGCAUAGAUUCGAAGGAGAUGGAGCAAAUUAAUGAUGGAGAAUAUGCUGAAAUUCAUGGGAACUUGAAAGGUUUCCAGGGUAAAAAGCAGUUUGUGGCUUUUUCUGUUAGGCCUGUGACCGACUUCAAUCAGGUUGCUUAUCACUUCAUUGAGUGCAUGUAUGUACAUUGUCAUAACACUAAAUCUCAGGGGCAGGGCAGUAACCCAGCUCAACCUCAGAGCACAAGUGCAGCAAUAACCAAUGGAUCCUCAAGUUAUCAUACCGCUCCUUCAAAUCAAUUCCAUGGGCAACCUAAUUCCGUCGGAAUCGAUCAAAAGAUCCUUGACUAUAUGUCCAUACCUGCGAAUAUGGCACGAGAACAGGGGGUAUCUGUGCAAGAACUUGCCCAGCAUCUUAAAGUCCCACUGGAGAAAAUCAGGGGAGCUAUGCAACAUCUUGAGGAGGAUGGUUUGGCAUAUUCGACAAUAGAUGAGUUUCAUUACAAAUCUAGUGCUAAUGGUUAAUACCCUAGUUUGUGUAUGUGGUAAUCUAUUAAAAUGUAUUUUGCGUGUCAGUGGACAUCACUUUCGUGCUGAAAGUUCGCAUAUUUCAUUUCCUUUUGGAUGAUAUAGAUCCUUUUGGGAAACUGUAUUUCAAGACAGGGUGGCAAUAGUUUAAUUAACCUUGAUAAUUAGUUACUUGACUAUAACAGGUUUUUAUAAUCCAAUUUAGCUGUAUAUA